AUGGAUCCAGUUAGCGAGUGGGGAAACACGCCGUUAGUAACGGUAGAUCCCGAAAUCCACGACCUAAUCGAAAAGGAGAAACGCCGUCAAUGCCGCGGAAUCGAACUCAUCGCGUCGGAAAAUUUCACCUCCUUCGCCGUCAUCGAAGCUCUCGGAAGCGCCCUCACUAACAAAUACUCCGAAGGAAUGCCCGGUAACCGUUACUACGGCGGUAACGAGUUCAUCGACCAGAUCGAAAACCUCUGCCGCUCACGCGCUCUCGAGGCUUUCCACCUCGACGCCGCGAAUUGGGGCGUUAACGUUCAGCCUUACUCCGGUUCUCCGGCGAAUUUCGCCGCUUACACGGCGGUGCUUCAGCCUCAUGACCGUAUCAUGGGACUGGAUCUUCCUUCCGGUGGUCAUUUGACUCAUGGAUACUAUACUUCCGGUGGGAAGAAGAUCUCGGCGACUUCGAUCUAUUUUGAGAGUUUGCCGUAUAAGGUGAAUUCGAGUACGGGGUUUAUUGAUUACGAUAGAUUGGAGGAGAAGGCUUUGGAUUUUAGACCUAAGUUGAUCAUUUGUGGUGGUAGUGCUUAUCCUAGAGAUUGGGAUUAUGCUAGGUUUAGACAAGUUGCUGAUAAGUGUGGUGCACUUUUGCUUUGUGAUAUGGCUCACAUUAGUGGCCUUGUUGCUGCUCAGGAAGCUAAUAAUCCCUUUGAGUACUGUGACAUUGUCACAACAACAACCCAUAAGAGCUUAAGGGGUCCUAGGGCUGGUAUGAUCUUCUACAGGAAGGGACCUAAGCCACCAAAGAAGGGUCAGCCCGAGAAUGCAGUUUAUGAUUUUGAAGACAAAAUCAACUUUGCUGUUUUCCCCUCCCUUCAGGGUGGUCCUCACAACCACCAGAUUGGUGCCCUUGCUGUUGCUUUGAAACAGGCCACGACACCCGGGUUCAAGGCAUACGCCAAACAAGUUAAGGCCAAUGCAGUUGCACUUGGAAAUUUCUUGAUAAGCAAGGGAUACGUUCUUGUCACCGGAGGAACUGAAAACCAUCUUGUCUUGUGGGAUCUCCGUCCUCUUGGCUUGACUGGUAAUAAGGUGGAAAAACUUUGUGACCUCUGUAACAUUACUGUGAACAAGAAUGCUGUUUUUGGUGAUAGCAGUGCCUUGGCCCCUGGAGGAGUAAGGAUUGGUGCCCCAGCUAUGACUUCUAGGGGAUUAGUUGAAAAGGACUUUGAGCAGAUUGGUGUGUUUCUUCACCGUGCAGUAACUCUCACACUAGAGAUCCAAAAGGAAUAUGGCAAACUUUUGAAGGAUUUCAACAAGGGUUUGGUGAAUAACAAAGCUAUUGAAGACCUCAAAGCUGAUGUUGAGAAGUUUUCAGCCUCAUUUGAUAUGCCUGGGUUCCUAGUAUCCGAGCUGAAGUACAAGGAUUAA